AUGUCCAUGAGGAGCCCAGUUUCUCCCCACCUGGAGCUCGAUGGAGCGGGCAGCAUGGUGAACUGCACCAUCAAGACGGAGGAGAAGAAGGAGGGUGGCUACGAGUCCCCGCCAGGGGCUGCCCCCAGCACCGAGCCCCGUCCCAACGACCCGCCGGGACCACCGCCGAGGGAGGGCACUGACCCCCAGGCCUUGCCACAGGAGUCCCGCUCGCCCGCUGGCGAUGCGCUGGAGCCCCGGCUGAUGCCAACCAUUGAGAAGUUGUUGUCCAGCGACUGGAAGGAGCGGCUGGGGGGGCGGACCCCCGCCGAGUCCAAGGAAGUGAAAGGAACCCAGGAGAGCCUGGCAGAGAAGGAGCUCCAGUUACUUGUCAUGAUCAACCAGUUGUCCACGCUGCGGGACCAGCUCCUGACGGCCCACUCGGAGCAGAAGAACAUGGCCGCGAUGCUCUUCGAGAAGCAACAGCAGCAGAUGGAGCUGGCACGGCAGCAGCAAGAGCAGAUCGCCAAGCAGCAGCAGCAGCUCAUCCAGCAGCAGCACAAAAUCAACCUGCUGCAGCAACAGAUCCAGCAGGUCAACAUGCCCUACGUCAUGAUUCCCGCCUUCACCCCCAGCCACCAGCCUCUCCCCGUCGCUCCUGACUCCCAGUUAGCGCUUCCCAUCCAGCCCAUCCCCUGCAAACCAGUGGAUUACCCGGUGCAGCUGCUGCACAACAGCCCCCCUCCUCCCACGCUGAAGAGACCCAGCGGCUCCGGCCACCUCCAGAUGCAGGAGACCUCACAGCCGCUGAACCUGACAGCCAAACCCAAAGGUUCUGACCUUCCCAGUGCCUCCAGCUCACCCAGUUUGAAGCUAAGCAGCUGCCAGUCCCUCACACCAAGUCAUGGAGCCACCAGGGACCUGCAGACGAGCCCGUCCAACCUGCCUCUGG